GAAAACGUCAACAGGAAGUAGGAGGGUUGCUGCUGAUGCUGUUGAAGGUUAGCUGUAUUGGCUGUUUACGCUCUCAGUAGGCCUCCAGGAUGGCAGGCAGACGAGCGCUGAAGGCUGUGCUCAUUGACCUGAGUGGAACUCUGCAUAUAGAAGACACAGCAGUGCCCGGGGCGCAGGAUGCCCUUAAUAGGUGGAUGGCAGGAGGGAAAAAAUCAGACAUAAAAUGGUUACGUCAGGCGUCUGUAGCUGUCAAGUUUGUGACCAACACAACCAAGGAGAGUAAGAGGAUCUUAUUUGAAAGGCUGCAACGCCUCAAUUUUAACCUCCAGGAAAAUGAGAUCUUCACUUCUCUGAGUGCAGCAAGGAGUUUGUUAGAGCAGAAACAACACAGACCCCUGCUGCUGGUGGAAGACAGCGCCCUGGAAGAUUUCACUGGGAUUGAGACGUCAGAGCCGAAUGCUGUCGUCAUUGGACUUGCUCCUGAUCACUUCAACUACUCCACACUCAACAAGGCUUUCAGAAUGAUUCUGGAUGGAGCUCCUCUCAUCGCCAUCCAUAAAGCUCGCUACUACAAACGUAAGGAUGGUUUGGCCCUCGGACCCGGGCCUUUCGUGACGGGACUGGAGUAUGCCACCGACUGUAAAGCUACUGUAGUUGGAAAGCCUGAAAAGACAUUUUUUACACAGGCUCUGUCUGAUUUAGGAUGUAGCCCCAGUGAAGCUGUCAUGAUAGGCGAUGACGCCAGAGAUGAUGUAGGCGGGGCUCAAAAUUCAGGAAUGUUGGGUAUUCUUGUCAGAACUGGUAAAUACAGAGAAGGCGAUGAGAAUAAAAUAAGCCCAGCUCCCCACCUGACAUGUGACAGUUUCCCAGAUGCUGUUGAACACAUCCUGCAGAAUCUGCUUUGAGCGCCAAGUAAAAAUAAACUUCCAGUUUCAUUUGCACAAGUAACACUGCUAGUGUUUCAACAGUGGAGAGACUUAAGAUAUGAAAUUAUUUUCCUCAGAACAUCCCGAUAAAUCGAAAACAGUCAUGCUAUAGUAGUUUGACUCAAAGUACCAGUCACCAUAACAAAAGUUUCG